CUAAGCUCCAUGGAUUUCUCAGAAACCUUAUUCCUUCUCCUUCCGCGAAAGCCAUGCAUUCCCUUCAUCAACAUCAACCCAAACAAAAAAACAAACCCAUUGCUCCAUUUCGCAGCAACAACAACAACAUGAAGAAACCCAUGAAAUUGAAGAAGAAGAAGAACGAUUCUUCUUCUUCUUCCUCUGAUCCGAGAGAGUAUACGAGGAACCUCAUUGGGAAAAUUUACAGAACGUUAAAGUUUUCAACUUGGGAUUCUGCUCAGCAAGAGCUUGAGAAUCUCCCCGUGAAAUGGGACUCUUACACGGUGAACCAGGUUCUCAAGUCACACCCUCCAAUGGAGAAAGCGUGGUUAUUCUUCAAUUGGGCUUCUGGGAUCAGAGGGUUCAAGCAUGACCAGUACACUUACACAACGAUGCUGGAUAUUUUCGGAGAAGCUGGGAGGGUUUCAUCCAUGAAACACGUUUUCCAGCAGAUGCAGGAGAAGGGGAUUAAGAUUGAUUCUGUUACUUACACUUCCAUGAUGCAUUGGCUAUCGAGUUCGGGGAACGUGGAUGAGGCAGUGGAGAUGUGGGAACAAAUGAAAUUCAAGGGAUGUUCCCCAACUGUUGUUUCUUACACUGCUUAUAUGAAGAUUCUGUUUGAUAAUCACAGAGCGAAGGAGGCUACUGAUGUUUACAAGGAGAUGCUUCACUCUGGCUCUGUACCAAAUUGUUAUACUUACACGAUAUUAAUGGACUAUCUUAUUGGGUCUGGAAAAUGCAAAGAAGCCCUUGAGAUUUUUGAAAAGAUGCAAGAGGCUGGGGUGCAACCUGAUAAAGCUGCAUGCAAUAUUUUGAUUGAGAGGUGUUCUAAAGUUGGUGGGACUGUGCUCAUGAACCAAAUCCUUCAGUAUAUGAAAGAAAACUGUCUUGUUCUUCGCUACACUGUUUUUGUGGAAGCAUUGGAAGCUUUAAAAAUUGCUGGUGAGAGUGAUACCCUUCUAAGGCAAGUCAAUCCACACUUUUAUAUGGAUUGUAGCAUAAGGAAGAAGGCAAAUGACAGUGUCAUAGUUGCUGCAGAUUCUCCUACUAAUAUAGAUAAAGAGCUUCUAUUUGUUCUCCUGAAAGAUAAAAAUUUUGUUGCUAUUGACCAUUUACUUGCAGGGAUGAUGGAUAAGAAAAUACCUCUAGAUCAUAAGGUUAUCUCGACCAUUAUAGAAGUAAACUGUAGUCACUGCCGACCUGAUGGGGCUUUGUUGGCUUUCAAGUAUAGUGUGACAAUGGGAAUAAGUAUUGAGAGAACAGGAUAUCUUUCCUUAAUGGGCUUGUUGACCAGAUCAAAUAUGUUUUCAAAGAUGGUGGAAAUUGUUGAGGAAAUGACUAGAGGUGGGCAUUCUCUUGGAAUCUAUCUGGCUUCACUUUUAAUCUAUAGGCUUGGUUGUGCUAGGAAGCGAACUUUAGCCACAAAGAUUUUCAGCUUAUUACCUGAUAACCAUAAGUGCACUACUACCUAUACUGCUUUAAUUAGCGUUUACUUCUCCGCUAGAAGAGUUAAUGAGGCACUUGAGAUUUACAAAAUCAUGUGCAGAAAAGGAUUUUGUCCUACGAGAGGCACUUAUAAUGUACUAAUAGCCGGUUUGGAGAGAAAUGGUAGAUAUUCUGAAGCAGAACAUUAUAUGAAAGCAAAGAAAAGCCUACAUGCUAAGAGUGGAUCUCAGGAAAAUGUUUGCAUAGACGGAAAGAUAUGCGACCUUCUGUUUGCUCUGGAUAUAAUACAUUGAUUUUGGUGCGCUGAGAGUUCUCAUUGUUGAUUCAAGUUGAGGGCAUGUUGAGUAGUUGCUAUUGGAGAGUGGAGAUAUGCCAGUUAUGCUGCAUGGCACCUGCUGCUUAUCUGUCAAUAAAAAACGGGUAUUCUGGUCCAAGAUCCAGUUCAUUAGAGAUGUCAGUAACUGUCGGGUCAUCUGCCUGUAAUUGCAACAUCUUGCAGAAAAUGUUAGGAAUAUGGAACAGAUGAACUCGAGCAUUAUGUUCUUCAAAACAACCAUAUGAUACAUAAAACAAGAACAUUAUGAAGUAUGCUCCCCCAUGCAGAUGCUUGUAACUUUGAUGUCCUAGUCAAAGAAGGGAUUUGUGGUUGAUAAAGUGUGAGAUGUCAGCUAUACACAUGUACUGAAAAGUCCCCUGCGUUAAUAUCAAGGUAAAAUUGCUCUGGAAUUAUGUCUUCUCCUUCGUGAGUACUUUGGUGAUUUGGACAUUCACUGAUAAAUUUUCAGCUGGGCGGGUGCCAAUUACAUGGAUGAGCAAGAUCCCAGUUUCAAAAUCCCAUAUUGCAGUUUUCAUGGAAAGAUUAAGAUUUAGCUUUCUCUCAUAGGCAAAAGUGUAGCAUAAUAUAUUUAACCUACUUAUAGAAGAGACUUCUCUUUACCCACAUCCUCUUUGCGUGUCUGUGUGAUACUUUUUUUUUUUUUGGUAUCUAUGUGUGAUA